GCUCAGAUAUGCGCUGGCGCAGCCAGGCGCAAGGAUGCCAAUGUAUGUCGUCGCCGGAGUCCAAAGAUUCAGAGAACGCUGAAGAGGCUAGCGAGGCUCCUGCUCUUUCAGCUGCUGCGUGGAAGCAACUGGAGACCGGACUGGUCGUCAUCUCCUGGUUCGUGCUGAACAUCUCCAUCGCUAGCUCCACCAAGUGGAUCUUUGUGCAGGGUAAAAUAUGCAUUCAGGACACAGGAUGUCAAACGUACAAGUUUCCAAUCGCGAUCACCGUCAUUCACAUGCUCUUCUCAUGGGUCCUUUGCCGCAUCUACAUCUUGACUGUGCGAGGCGGCGUCGCAGGACACUGUGGCAAGAGCCAGGGCUUGACGUGGAGGCAGCAGCUGAAAGAGAUAAUGCCCCUCUCUCUGUGCUUCGCACUCUCAGUUGCCAUGGGUAACUUGUCGUUGAAGUACAUCUAUCCAUCCUUCAACCAGAUGCUGGGCUCCAUGUCACCUUUGAUCACGGUGCUUUUGGCGGUGCUGCUGCAGCGGAAGUCCUUCCCGCUGAAGACCUGGCUGUCAAUGCCCGUGAUCUGUGCUGGCCUAGCCGUGUGCAGCUUGAAGGAGCUCAACUUCAACGCGCUGGGGGCCUUCUACUGCACGGGCGCCACGGUUCUCCGGGCCCUGAAGUCCCUAAUCCAGGGCAGGUUGCUGUCGCCUUCCCACAAGCUGGAUUCGGUGACACUUCUGUACUACAUGGCCCCCAUGGCAGCAGUGUGGCUUUCUGCUUUGAUGCUCCUAAUGGAGGGCGCUGAGCCGAUACUGCUGCUACUCGCAGGUUUGUAUUCCGAGCCCGGGACCCGCGUCACCGGCGGGGGCUACGUGCUGAUGCUGCUGGUGAUCUCCGGCUUGAAUGCUUGCCUGCUGAACAUUGCCAACUUCUUGGUCACUUCCUACACGAGCCCGGUGACGCUGCAGGUGCUGGGCAACGUGAAGAGCUGCCUCUCCAUCGCUGUCUCUGUGGCUAUCUUCAGGAACAGCCUUACCGUCGAGCAGGCGAUAGGUGUCGGCACCUGCCUCAUUGGCGUGUGGCUCUACAAUCAGAAGGACCAGAAGAACCAGAAGAACCAGAAGGUGAUGGCAUCGCCCGCGCAGAGAUCUGCAUGAGAGGACAAGCCAAAGUUCCGCGCUCCACUUCUUCGCUUUUUUUUGUGAGCCGUGAUAGCGCCACGGGAGCGCGCGCACGGGCCUUGUGUUAAUGACCGGGCUAUACACGCCCAGUGAUUCAGAGCGUG